AUGAACGCCGCCACCCGUACUCACCCAGAGUACCACGAACAAGGCGGCCUGCCGCCCACGAUGCUCCAUGUCGCGCCUACGGCCUUUGUUGACGCGUACGACGACAACAUGUCCACCAUCCAGCGUGCCGGACUUCGCCAGACAUCGCUUUCUGCACACAUCCAACAGCAGCAAAAAAAGAAGCACCGGCCGAAAACCAUGUUGCUUGGCGAUAUGAACGCGUCGGGCAGCUCUUCCACGACUGCUAUGACUCCUCCGUUUGCUCCUGGGAUGGGUAAUUACGGAUCGCGAGUCCAGUCUAUGGCGAGUGUCGGAAGCGCGUCAAACUCGUCCCUGCCGUACGGAUACCACGAUUUCCACCAGCCGGGCAGCCCGUACGGCGGCUCUCAGCAUUCUCUGCCGGCGAAUCGGUCGCCCACGUUUUCUGGUUCGCCGGCCACAUUUAAUCCUGAAUACAACAAGUAUGCUCCUUCGCCCGGCGCCGGGCCCGCUGCUGCGCAGUAUAUGCCCAAUAGGAUCAUCACGCCUGGUCUGCGGAAAGUGUCGCCAGCCACGCCGCCGGCCAAUUCGGCGAACCACGCCGCGCGCAUGUCCAUUAGUUCGGCCCUUUCGUUUAUCGGAUAUUCACCCAAAAAGGAGAAUGGCGUGUUCACGCCGGACACGUCGACUGGGAAGGCGCUGGACGACGGCUUUCCAGACACAAUCGACGAUGACGCGCCGCCGCUGAGCGAGCAGGUGACUCAACUCAGACAGCAGGUCGAAGAGCUGGAGCUGGAGAAGGUGCGCCUAGAAAAGGAGAAGUCCAACGAGCAGGAAAAAUCCGGCCUGCUCGAGCAGCGUGUUGGGCGUAUGAGCGAGAGCUACGAGUUGCUCCGCAGCGAAAACGAGGCAUUAAAGAAGCAACUGGAGGCCCAAAAUAAAAGUUUUGAGAGCAGCCACGAGGAGACCAGAAAGCUGCAGGAAAAGUUGGAUUCUGCAAACCAGGAGAUCACGUCGCUGACUGCCGUGGUCGAGUCAGUUGUGGGGGCCCUUCCAGAGCAUAUUAAGAGCAAAGACCGGUUCAUGGACUUUGCCUCGAAAACGAAACUAGACUUGCGGUUCAAAGACCAAGUGGACACCACGGCAGCCGCUUUCAAGCAGGAACAGGGCCUGAUCGACACGGACGACAAAGUGCUGGACAUGUUCCGUGGGGAGGUCAAGGCGCUGAGCGAGAAAGUGGCCCAGUUGGAGAAGCGCAAGACAGAAACAGAAAAGAUUCUUAAACACCACAUAUAUACGGGGAACCAGACUAUCAAGCAACUGGCCCAACGAAACCGCGCCGUUUCGAGCCCGGCAGGACCGAAAAAAGUGCUCAAGAUCAUCGAUAUCGUGCAGCCGACGCUCAGCGUGGCGGAGAUGAAAAGAGGCCAGAAUAAAAAAUGA